AUGGAUCAAGACUCUGCACCCCGGAGAACUGAAGAGCCAUCCGUGCAAAACGGCGGAGUUCAAGCGCAGCCCGAGCUUCUGCGUGGCGAACAUGAACACGGUCGCAGGCCCUCUGACGGGGCGGCUUCCCGCGCUAAUGGCAAGUCUCGUUUGGCGCAUUUUGUGCAUGGAAAAAACCUUCGCUCGUUUUGGCGUACAGAACGCGAUCCCAAAGAGCCUGGACGCUUUGCAAAGCUGGCACAGCUUGUGCGCCGUGGGCAUGGGCAGAAAUACAACUGGGCGGAUGGACGACGCAUGGACGAAAGCGAACUCCUUCGUGAAGUAGAGAAAUCUAGCCAGCUCUAUGCCGAUGUUGCGUCAGUGGCACCAAUUGUCAGUCUGUUGGGGUCUAAAAUCAUGUCUAGUGCUUCAGGUUACAAUCGAGUCCCUGUUUUGCUGGACCAGAUCUCGGUUCGAGUUGUCCCAGAGCAGCCUGAUAAGCUCAAGCACACUGUUCGUAUUUUCGUGGAAUAUGGCUCGGGUUUGUCAAAGAUAUCGUGGUCGGUCGUACGCUCUUAUCGUGACUUUUUUUUCCUCAAUUCAAAAAUUGUAAAGGAUCCAAUCUGGACGUCCACAGCACGACCACCUCAUUUACCUGGCCUAAAGGAAUUCGACAGUGAUAAACACUCACAUGGUCAUCACCGUUUCACUAUGUACCAUCAUCAUCAUAACAACGAGGAGAACACCCUUCAUAAUAAUGGCUCACGGCAGGCAGCCAACUCUGGGUCCAACGUUGAGCCUCGCCCUGGGCCCCCUCCUCUUCACCCUGGAGCUCGCUCUGUUUCCCCGGCUCCUCGCAAUGCUUCGCCGGGCGUGCAACCUACCACAAGUGCUCAGGCAGUAGUUUGCGAUGUUACGUCCGACAGCACGAGUGUUAAUUCAAGUGCUCUUUCAGCAGCUGUCUAUGACGAUUUCAGGCCCCAAACUGCACCCACAAGUUUGGAACGGGCUUUGGAAUGGUACCUCACCGAGCUACUUAAGGCUUACCGCUUCAGCGGUGAGAGCAACCGCAUCAUGCAGUUCCUAGAACUCUCAUUCACAUCUGUUCUCUUGGCACCAGACUCUGCAUAUCACGGAAAGGAGGGUGCUGCCUUAGUUUACAGCAGAGCUAGUGGCGCAGGUUGGCGCGUGCGACAUUGGCACCCCAAGGAUUUGGCAGCUCUCUACCGCCGUCACUCUCCUAAAUGGGUCCUGGUUUGUGAAUCCUUCAUUGUUCUUGUUGAAAACAUUGGUAGUACAAGUGUUUCGGAGGUGUUUGAUGUUGAUACGUCUUUUGCUGUUCUUCCUUCUUCACGCAGAGCUACUGAAGAAGAGCUGCGUGCUCUCAUUCGGCACGAUAUCGAGAAAGAGACGAAACAGCAGAAUGCAUUUGAGGUUAUAGCUACUCAUGGAACUACCGUUUUCAGCGCUAUGGGUGCACUUCAGGAAGAUCUCCUGCCAAAAGUGGGUAGUGGGCGCGGGUUCUUACUCCACCUUCGCAAUAAUGGCCGUGAGCUAAAGCUUGUUGUCAAGAGCCGUCAUGAGCUGCGUCGCUGGCACACAAGUUUGUUGCAAAUGUCCGCAGCCACUCCUUGGAGUAUGGAGAACCGAUUCCAAUCUUUCGCCCCUGUCCGUUAUAACGUCUUCUCUCAGUUCUUUGUUGACGGUCGCGACUAUUUCUGGACUUUGAGUGAAGCCCUUGAGAAUGCUCGCGACACUAUUUACAUUCUUGAUUGGUGGCUCAGCCCAGAAACUUACCUUCGACGCCCAGCUGAGAGUAACCAGAGAUGGCGUCUUGAUCGGGUCCUGAAAAGGCGUGCCGAAGCGGGUGUCAAGAUUUUUAUUGUUGUGUACCGCAAUGUUGGUGCAACGAUUCCGAUUGACUCACUCUGGACGAAGCAUUCCAUGCUUGACCUGCACCCUAAUAUACAUUGUUUGCGUUCCCCCAAUCAAGUUUUGCAAAACUCCGCACUGUUUUGGGCCCAUCAUGAAAAAGUUUGUGUCAUUGAUCACACAAUUGGUUUCUGCGGUGGUAUUGACCUAUGCUUCGGUCGUUGGGACACCCCUCAGCAUGUGCUGGUGGAUGACGCUGUCGACGCCUUCCACAAAACUAACGAAGAAGCCAAAUCUUCUGCAACACCUACACAAGUUUGGCCUGGUAAAGACUACUCUAAUCCUCGUGUCAAGGACUUUUUCCGUCUUGAUCAGCCAUACGAAGAGAUGUACGACCGGCAAGUGACCCCUCGUAUGCCUUGGCACGAUGUACACCAGAUGGUUAUAGGUCAACCAGCACGUGAUUUGGCUCGCCAUUUCACCCAACGCUGGAACUAUGUUAUUCGGCAAAAGACCCCAUCCCGCCGCACGCCUCUACUGAUUCCUCCCCCUGACUUUACACAGGAAGAGCUAGAGAGAUUAGGUCUCACAGGCACAUGUGAGUUCCAGGUUCUUCGCUCUUCCGGAGACUGGUCGCUUGGUCUUAAAAAGCAUGAGCAGAGUAUUCAGAAUGCGUACAUCAAACUCAUUGACGAAUCUAAGCAUUUCGUCUAUAUCGAGAAUCAGUUCUUUAUCUCGAGCACUGUUGUAGACGACGUGAAGAUUGAAAACCGUAUUGGCGAUGCACUGGUGCAAAGAAUCAUUAGAGCUUUCGAGAAAGGCGAAAAGUGGCGAGCUAUCAUUGUCAUUCCUCUGAUGCCUGGUUUCGAAGCGAAUGUUGAUACCCCCGAGGCAUCUUCUGUUCGUGUUAUCUGUCAAUGUCAGUUCAACACAAUUUCACGUGGUCCUCAUUCAAUUUUCUAUCGUCUUGAAAAGGCUGGUAUCCGCCCUGAUCAAUAUAUUUCAUUUUUCAGUUUGCGUAAAUGGGGAAAGAUUGGACCUGAAAAGCGUCUCACUACCGAGCAGCUCUAUAUCCACGCUAAGACCAUGGUCGUAGAUGAUCGUGUUGCUAUAAUUGGAAGUGCAAACAUCAAUGAACGGUCGCAACGUGGUUUGCGGGACUCAGAGAUUGCUGUGUGUGUUCGUGAUACUGAAGUUAUCAACUCAACUAUGGCUGGUAAACCUUUCAAAGCUGCAAAAUACGCAUAUAACUUACGCUUGCGCCUCAUGCGUGAGCACCUUGGUGUCGAUACUGAUCAAUUGGAGAUGGUAGAGCAGCUUGUGGAUUCUCUCGAGGACAUUGUGACAGACAAAUCUCGUGGAAGAAUUGGAUCUUCGCGUGCAGAGGAGGACGAGUUCCCAUCAUGGAAGUAUCCUGAUUCGCACUCGUUCAAUUAUUUUGCUGGAACAAAGAUGAAUCCUGGCAUUCGUGACUAUAAAAAGAUUUCCACUGAUCCCCGUAUCCAGGGCAAUGAAGAGCAUCGGAGAGAUGUGUGCGGUGAUGGUUAUGAUCACAUGAAUGAACGUUUAAAAGAGUUUAAAAACAAAACUUAUGGUCCGAGCUCCUAUUUACUUCCUUCUGGUGUUCGGGCUCCUCUUACUCCGAAAGAAAUCUCAACUCGCGAUGCUGCUAUUGAUAUGAUGUCAAAACUGUUGAAAGAGUCUGCUAUCACAUCAGUUGAUGCUUUCAAGCGUAAGUUGUAUGAGCUUCUCACUGGUGUGGAUCCUGAUGGCCACCUUCCGCGUCUUGGGGACAAGCCAAUGCCUUAUGUUAACGAUGAAGAUCGUACUGUUCAUCAUAAUGAGCCUUUCCCAGUCGACCCUUGGGGAUUCAACGACCCCAUCAGCGAGACUUUCUAUGAGGACCUCUGGUUUCAAAUUGCCGACCGCAAUACUUCGAUCUUCCGCAGAGUGUUCCGGUGCCAGCCAGAUGACGAAGUCGAAACAUGGAAUGAUUAUAAGAAAUCCAUGCGUUUUGAAAAUCGCUUCCAUAUGAAGCAGGCUGAGGAAGGUGGUCCUGAAACCCUUGAAAGUCGUGGCCCUGAACUAGUUGAUACACAUGAACUAGCUGGAGAGCUUGAGAGUGAUAUGUUGACUGUUCGCUUAAUCAAGAAUGCGACGCAAACUGCUACAGACAACAUUGGUAAUCUCUACGAUCUGUCUCAGAAAAUGGUUGUGCGUAAAGUUGCUAUGGACAAGGCGCCUGAUAUCGCGGCGCUACAGGCAGAAACUGAACCUGGUAGGCUGCACUCUAGUGCUGCGAAACUCUCCAGGCGCAUUCGUGAGCGGAGGUCUAGCAAGGAUACCUCGAAAGAUGGGUCUAUUAAGAACCCCUCUAUGGAUAGCUUCAAGGAGAAGAGUGUAGAGGAUGGCUCCAUAAACAGUCCCUCAACGCUUGGACGUGGCGAAUCUUCAUUUAAUGUUGAAACUGGCUCCAAGUCCGCCACUUACGAGGAAUAUCAAAUCGACGACAGUAAUGUGAGUCCCAAGUCUAAAGAAAGCUACCAUGUGGCUUCAAGCUCUGCCGCAGGUGUUCCCGGUCUCCCCACAUUGUCCCGCUUGCUAUCUGAGCCUGAAGGCUUUGAUCCGAAAGAUAGCGAGUUCCCAGAUGGCAAACGUCAUUCUCAAGCGAAGCUUGCCGAAGGCCUAAGCGUUGAUGCUAGAGGGACGCAUCGGGCCGAUGAAAGUGAUCCUCAUUUCGCGCACACUCGCUCUGAAUAUGAAGGCCGCGUUGCCAAUGGCACUGUUCAGCCGUAUUCUGGUGUUGAUGGAGCUGAAUCCGUGCGCCCCCACCGGGUCUUCACUUCAGCACGGCGCUGGACUCACUUUGAGCAAGUACUAGACGCCCAAGUUGCUGAGGAGGUUUUGGCAGGUGUCACCGGCCACCUUGUAGUAUUCCCAACUGAAUGGCUGAACCGCGAGUUGGAUGCAGGUAACUGGCACUUCCAGAUGGAUCGUAUGGCACCUCUGGAAAUCUACGAUUAA